GAUUAUGGAGAUGCAUAUUUUUUGACGUUCCCUCUGCUUCCCUAUUUACAUUUCAGUAUUUUUAUCGCUCUUCUUUUUGUCGUAUAUAUUUCAACAAUUCAUUUAUAUUUGUUCGUAAUUUUAUGCUGAAAAUCGCAGACAAUUUUUAAGAACAAAUAAUAACAAUAUCAUAAGUAAGUUAGCAGUUUUGAUAUUGAAGUAUCCAAGGAGCCCACAAAAAGUUAUGUGAAUUCGAUUGAAUCUCGCAUCCACAAUCAUGUGAAGAGUACGGAAAAGUCUGGGCGUUGGGGCAGUGAUUGGUAAAGGGCGAAUCAAAAAAACAUUUCCUAUGAAGUGGUUGAUUCCGCAUAUCUGUUAGCAACAGAAUAUCUUAAUUAAAUAUGUUUAACGAUGUGCAUCUUGCACGCGUUAGUAAAAUUCAGCGCAGCGGAGAUGUGGCCAAAGGAAACACUACCGAGACGAAAUGCAACGCCCGCCGUAGCAUAUCACGCAACAUUAAGGAGGUUCAUUUGGCAAACAAUGCCGCCGAAAUAGCAUUUGUAGGCGGGCAUGUCCCGAGAUCAGGGGAUAUAGUCAUCUGGAAUGAAAUCGAAUCGCCCGACCACACACAACGCGAAAACAAUGAAAGUGAUAACAACAUUAGCUCCUGUUCCACACUAGACAUUGGAAAGGUUGAAAAUUUGUCACUGCAACAGUUAGAAGUUCAGGUGCGAGACCUUGUGCAACGCCUUCAAACUUCAGAACAGCAACGUGUAGACUUGCAGCGAAAACUAGAAGAAUGCAAUGGGGAGAAGGAUUUGUGCCUCCGACGUUUAGAAGUGGUCAGUGCAGCACACGAAUGUCGCAUUACGGAAAUGCAUUGUGUUAUAGCAGAGUUAAGUAAGAAGCUGCGAGCAAAACAAGAAACUGUAAUCCCAGAAGAAAACGAGCCAGAGGAAAGUGAGUUGAGUUUUCAAGAAGAUGUGUCUGUGUACAAUUCCGAACUUAAUUUAACCAAUCCGGAUGCGGAAUGUCAAACUGACCUGGUAGAGAGUGGAGCCGAACAGUCGAUAUGUGAAGGCCAUAGCGCUAGUGACAACAUACAUUGCGACAUUGACAUAACGGAACAGCAAAGAAUCAAUGAUGUGGUGUGCAAAGGACAGGUUGAGGCUCUUCAGGAAGAGGUGCUUCACUUGAAAGCGCAAAUCGCUCUUCUACAGUCAGAUGCUAAUAACGAACUUAUUCCAAAGGAACAAAAACAAAUCACAGAAAAAGGGAAUCAAAAAACUUCAAGUGAUGAAAAACCCAGUGAGAAUGAUCCAGAAGGUAUGUUACACUCAGAUUUUGUAACACCGCAAAAGCAAUACGAGCUGCUUUCUACUCCUCACGUGCCGCCACCUGUAGCGAAAAUUGCGGAACGUGUAAAGUUAAAAUGUGGAACUAAAUCAAUCCAUAGCAAAGAAGAUUCAAAAACUUUGUCGGAUAUUCUAAAUGCAGAGCAUGAGAAAGAGGAUAUGGUUGAAAGUAUGGUUAUAGAUUCUAAGACGUAUGACAAGAGUAUGACGAAUAGUUACGCAGAAGUAUCACACAUGGAUACCGAGCUACAGCGGCUUCAGCGCAAAAUUGAGCAAUUAAAAGUGCGAAACACUAUCCUCUCACUUACUCUAGAUGAAUGUAAAGAGCAUUGCGACCAUUUGUAUCUUCUUUGUGGUAAAUAUGAAUCAAAUGCGAUUGCUUUACAAACAGCAGUAAAUUGCAGUGAUCGAGCUAUCGAAGCAUAUGAUGUCAUGUUGGCACUGUUAGAGAGCAAGUUAGCAUUGAUGACAGAAAAGUCCGUUGGUGCCGAAGAAAGUAGAAGAGCUGUAGAGAAAGUUGCACGGCACCUACUAGAUCGGCUCGAAAGUGAAAAGAAUACUUGUGAAAAUAGCUUGGGACCUUGGCAAUCUACCUUUAGUAUUCCGGACAAAGUUUGGACACCAUGGACCGCCGAUGAUGACAACCGCUUGCGCUAUCACGUUUCGAAGUUGAAAGGUCGUCGUUCGACUGUGCAAAAUACAAUUGUCAACUUGGAAUCACCAUUUAGUGAUUUGUAUGAAAAAUCGCGGAAAGCUCUCGAGUGUGGCAAAGGAAUGGUUGAGCAAGUGCAUAACGCACAAUUUGACCUCGAAAUGGCUGUAAUUAUGCAAGAGUUAUUAAAUUUGCGGGAGGAAAAUAUCAAUUUGAAGUCAAAAGUUGAAUCUGCGGAGGUAGAAAAACGUCUAGCUACUGAACGUAAUAGUUCACUCGAAGAAACAUUACAACAGUUGCAGCUGCAGCUACAUGAAUUACAAAUCAGUACAGACGCCAGUAGUGCACUUUUCCAUCGCGAACAGAUAGCAGAAAAUAGGGUGUCUUACUCAGAGUCCGAACAUGUUGCGCUCACUGAACAGCAACUAGUCGAAGCGUUAACACGAGAAUCCGAACUCAAAAGUCGCAUUCAAACUUUGAUUUCAUCAGUAACCGCAUCUCAGCUUAGUGCCGAUGAACGCCACAUCCAAUUGCAGAAUAACAUUCAAGAGCUGCAAAAAUCAAAUUUAAAUUUAACACAACUUUUGGAACAAAACAAACGCAGAUAUCAAGCACGAGUUCGGAGAUUAGAACAGAAAAUCGUGGAAAUGUCCUUCGGGGUGGAUCAUAAAACUAAUGGAGAGAAAUUUUAUGUCAAUGAGAGUUGCAUUACUCGUGAUAAUUUCAGUAAAAGUAUUACAGACUGUGAGCGCGUAUCACAGCAGCCUCAAUGCUUAAAAUCAAAAAACUCUGAAGUACUAACAUAUGAGUCGCAACUAAAAAUACAAGAGAUCGUGCCUGAGACUACUCUUUAGAAUAGUAAAUAGCAGAACAAUGUUUGCAACAAUAAUUGCAAUUGAGUUCAGUUUCCUGUUAUUCUAGCCUACCAUACGCCAAAUUGAAUCUUAAAUUUCUACAUUAAUCUAAUCCAUUCAAGUGUGCCAUUUAUCGCGUUAAUUUACCGCUUCGCUUAGCUAAUCGGGCGCCUAUGUGCCAGAAUGAAUGACAACGUAUAUGUAAUACUUAAAAU